AUAGGAUUCUCUUUUUUUUGAUACACCGGAUUUUCAAAUAGUCAUUUGUUUCUUAAUGAACAUCUAUGUACAUUUAUCCCCCAACCAUCCAAUUUCUAAUCUGGACAACCAACCCAUCUGCAUGAUCCCCAGACAGCAGGCCACACCAGCCAGCUGUUGGAUUAUUGCCACAGCACUAUCUCAUCGGGGAAGGCGUGUCACUCCCCGAAUUGCUCAGCGCCCCUUUGUCCUCGGUCGGUGCCCAGCCAGCGACACUCAUGGCGGCUGCACCCGUCAGACAGCGCUCCGGGCCGGGGGGACCCCGGGCGCAGCUCCCGCCCUGCUACUACGAAGGAUACCUGGAAAAGCGAGGACCGAAAGAAAAGGCAUCCAGGCGUCUGUGGACCUGUCUGUGUGGGAAUUCUUUGUAUUUCUUCAAUAAUGCCAAGGACAGUCAUUACGUGGAGAAGCUGGACCUCAGUGGCUUCGUGUCCCUGAAGGACGACUGCAGCCGGGACAGAAACCUGGAGGCAGCCAGACUCAUCCUGCGCAUGAAGGAUGGAGAGACCAAACUCACAGCACCUAACUUGGAAUCAAGGGAGCUGUGGAAAGGUUUCCUCUACUCCGUUGUAGAUCUGAAUUUACCGUCCUGUCUCACGUUGCUGCCGGGCCAGCUGCAGAUGCUGAAGGAGGUGGUGGACAAAGAGAGGUCCAGACGGAGAACCCGCACACCCACGCGUGCUCCUCCCUCGCCCCUCUCUGUGCCUUUAGUAGGAGAGAUCCCACCGUGUUUUCGACCAGUGUCUCGAACGGAGGCUGAAGUCCUUUUAGAGAGACACCCGGACUGCGGCAACAUGUUGCUCCGGCCAGGCAGAGAUGGGUGCUCAUUGGCUGUCACUACUCGGCAGGACCUCAACGGGUCAGUGUUCAGACAUUACCGUGUGACUCAGAGGGACUCAGGUGGUUAUGUCAUUGAUGUAGAAAAUCCUAUUCCCUGUGCUACACUGCAUGAGGUCAUUGACGCUCUGGUAGAGAAGACAGCAGGGACUCUGCAGCCUUUCCUACUGGAGGAGCCUUACGAAGAGAAUAUCACAUAUGUUUCCGCCAAUGAUGAGAAUGGAGAAAGGAUCCUGCACACUGCUCCCUCCAGCCCCCUGCCAAAGGCUCCUGCCCUGCCUCCAAAACAAGACCGUUGGCCCAGCAGCCCCCUGUCCAGGUCUCCAGCCCCCGACCGCCGCAUCCUGACCACACCAGUGCCGGCCUCGCCCACCAACCCGAUGAGACGGCUCAUCCUCUCCCCUUCACCUCUCGCACAGACACUUAAUGAGGAACUCAAAAUGAAGCUGGAGCAGAGACGAGCCAGUCAGGAGUGAUGUUUCAUGAGGAACAACCUCCUGUCACAGCAUAGUCAUAUCUUCAGUGCCAAACCCCUUCUCACCGCAGCUAUGUAUUCAUCCUGUGCCUUCUAGGUGGCAGAGAAGGGACUACGAAUACCGCCACUAUCUUGUAGGGAGAUACAAAAUGUUGGACUUUGAUGGUUAAAUGGACUCUGGUUAGCUCCUUAAGAGCAUGGAUGGCUGGUAAACACUGGAUUAGGUUCAUAAAACCUCGUAAAAGGCUGCCUGCCCUGGUUAGGGUAACAAUCCACUAAUGCUUGCAGAAAGUUGUUAACAGUGUGCCACUGACCAACAA